CCAGCAACAACCCGGGGAGCAGGAAAAGUUCUUCGGAGAGAGCCGCUGCUGCGCCGCCACCACCCCCAACGUCACCAUGUCAACCAGUGGCCCCUCUGGGGCUGCCUCUGCCUCAGGCAGCAACCGGCUUCAGAAAACCCAGAACCAGGUGGAUGAGGUGGUGGAUAUCAUGAGAGUCAACGUGGACAAGGUUUUGGAAAGGGAUGAGAAGCUGUCCGUGCUGGAUGACCGCGUGGAUGCCCUGCAAGCCGGAGCUGCCCAGUUUGAGACAAAUGCUGCCAAGCUGAAGAGGAAGUACUGGUGGAAGAAUUGCAAGAUGUGGGCCAUUCUGAUUGCAGUGGUGGUCGUUCUCUUAAUCAUCAUCAUUGUUUGGAGCGUGUCCUCGUGAGCCGUUUGAGGAAACCCUGGAACUUGAAGCGGUUUUCAACAAGAAACAUCAGUGUCCUCCAUACCAAGCUUUCCUACGGGUGCACAAAUCAAACGUUUAUUUUGGAUAGAAAUGUUAACUCUGUAGCCUAUAGACAAAUGUGCCUUUAUUCAAAUGAUGCGCUUCAACUUGUAAAUGCUGUUGCAGUUGGCUGAGACUGCCAAGACCUGUAUGAGUGAGGGCGAGACAUCUUAAGGCUUGGGGGUAUCAUGAUCUCUGUACUGAAGCUGUGAGUUUCUGGGUGGGUGGGUUUUCAUAGAUCAUGGGUAUUUUUUAUCUGUUUCACCUACUAUACCUGGACACGGAAGGAAACUAGCUUUCAUUUGUGCUUUCUGGAGAAUUUUUUUUCUCUUGUGCCAUUUUGGAAUCAUUGUUGCCUUAAUUAAAUAAUAUCUCCUGAUCAGGUGGGGAGCAACCAUGAAAGUUGCACACUCCAAGCACUUAAGUGCCAAUACACCUUUUGCAGUAUUUGGGACAAAACACUGUGCCUUCUGCUCUUCUCGUAGUAAGCUGCCGUUCCUCAGUGCCUUUUGCCUGGACCUGAACAAAUAUUAUAAAAGUAUUUUUGAAAACUUAUUUCUGGUUGAAUUUAACGUUUCGGCAUUGGGGGUUCUGGCAAAACUAAAACUGGCAAGAAAGGCUCCCUCAACAUACCAGCAGAAUAUAUUAUCUGUUAGGGAAAUGAGGGUCAAAAGAAACCUUGGAAAUACUUUUGACUUGCAACUCAUGUUGCUUAGGGUGGCCCAUGCAGAUGUCAGCUGCCCUCCUUGAGAGAUUUUGCCAAAGAGUGCUUCUGUCCUCUUCGGUGUGCCAGAUACUCUGGUGUGCCACAGCCCUUCAUGAGCCAAGCAGUGUGUGAUUGCGUGCCUUCUGGGUGAUUCACUUUCCCUUCCCACCCACCCCCUUGCACCCUUCGCACAACACCCCACCCCUUUGGGUCUUCUGUUCUCCUUGUUGCCCUCUGCUUAUGAGCAAAAACUGCAUAUAUGAAUGAGACCGGGUCUGUACUGUUUACCAGCAUUGCCAAACAUGUAGUCCUUGGUUCCUUGCCGACCCACCCCCUUUUUUUUUUACAUAUUUGUUAUGCAAAUUGCUAGAAAACUAGUUUUAAAGGGGUGGUGAAGAUAAAUGAAGAAUAGAUUGGUCUGCCUUAAAGAACUCCAGGCAAAACCAAAUUGGCAGGCAAUUUAUAAGGAGUCUUUUUCUUGAGACUUGUCCUGCGAUAGUUGUUAACCUGCUAGUUUUAAAGGGAAGGUGGAAUAUACGUCAGGAGGAUAAGAAUUAUGGUAAAGAUUUCAAAAAUGUUUGAUUAUUCAUGUGUUAUCAAUCCUCUUACUGUAUAAAAUGUUAUUAAAACAUUUCUUUAAACUUCAAGCUUAACCAAACACUGGAUGUGAAUUUUGCCUUGUAAGACUUGCCAGUGCCUUGACUGAAAUCCAGCCUUGUUUUGUGUAUGUGUAUGUCUUGGCCAGGGCACAAAGCUUCACACAACUUCCUGGCACUAUUAACAGGGCAAAGAAAAGCCUUCUUUGCAACUGCUUAAUAAAAAGUGGAUUAUAAGUCG